CGUUUAGUUUUUACGCAAUCUUUCACGUGAACACAUCACUAUUACAGACUUCUACUUUCUCAGCGUUUUGUGUUUCAAAUUUGUGUUCCUAUUAAACUCUUAUAGAAGAAGUUACUUAAAGUCCAUGCGACGAAAUGGAUAGACCGUUCUGAUGCACGUACCCCAGUAUCUGCCUACAACUCUCUCUCUCUCAUUUCGUCUACCAGAAAUAUUGGAUGGCAUAGAUUUUAGUGAAUCUACGCCUGAAACAAAUAUGGACAUGUACAUUGAAAAAGAUUUACAAAAAUCCCUAGUGAACAAUUUAACUCCAGGUGUUUGCUAUGUUUGUGGGAGCCCCAACAGCGCCACACACUUGCUCAGGACAAAGCCCAUCACAUCGGAACCUCACUUUCCCUUUUUGGAGCAUCAUGAGCCUCCAAUUGGUUGUGAACUGCCAAAAAGCAAUGGGACUGUGGUUGUGUGCUUUGUCUGUUACAGUUUCCUUCAUGCUCAGUGGGACUCGCAUGAAAGAAACAACACACCCCACUCCACCAGGCUUUACUGGCUCAAACGGGUAGACCAAGGUCCUUAUUCAGGGUCAGAUGGCCAGGUUGCUGAAGAAAGGCCAACCGAAGCUAGUCCCAUAUCAAGAACUCAAAAAGUUCAGGAAAAUGCCUCAACAGAAGUACAACGGGAUGUUUACCAUUCUCUUAAACGUCCGCGGUCUCGAUCGAGAGAUACGCAGCAAGAGCUCGUCGGUCCAACUCAUUCUAAAAUGGAACGAUUUUCUCCACAAGCCAAUAUCAGUGGAACGUAUGUAAACGAAAACAAGACCGAUAGAAAGCCAGAAAAGCUUGACCAUUCCGGUGAGGCGCUAGACUUACGCAGUUCGGCAUCAGUCAGCCGGGAACGGGACAAUGAACGGGCCCCAUCCCGAAGUUCAGUGCUGUCGCACGACAGCGGCCUUUCAGGUCAUUUAUUGAGCGAUGGAGGAUCUGGCGCUGUGGAAAUCCUGGAUUUAAGCAUGCCCGAUAAGAACGCCACUACCGAAGUGUGCUAUGUUUGCGGCGAUGAAUUUCAAAAAGGCCUUUUGUCGCACGUUUACGCCAAGCCCAUUCAACACAGCCCGUUUUUCCCCAGCUUGAUGCUUCACCCGCGUCCCAGCCGUUCCCGCCCUAUGGACUCCACGGGUCGCGUACAAGCUUGCGAGAUUUGCUCAAGCUAUUUGCUACAGCAGUGGCACACGCAUCAGUCACGAAGCACCCCUCACGCUGAACGUCAUUACCUGCUGCGGAAGAGACAGACCCCCGUAUACGAUACAACUACCUUUAUAUGUUAUGCUUGUGGUCUCGAAUAUCCAUCGUCUUCGUUGAGGCUCCUGUAUUGUCGACCCAACGCCGAAAACGAGCCAUAUUUCCCUUACCUGGAGAAUGUUAAAGCCCCUCCUGGCGCCAGUCCCAUUUCCCCACAAGGAAUGGUUCAAGUUUGCGCCAUAUGUUUUAAAGCAAUCCCUCAACGAGAUAAGGUCUUCAAUAGUGGUGAAUCUGGUCGAAUGAUUCAACCAGUGCUGCCGGAUCGGCGACCCAGUCCGACAGAAACCGAACUAGCCCCUGAACUGUUUUGCUACGUGUGCCACCGAAUUAGUUCGACCACUUCUAUGAAGCUUUUGUGUUGCUAUCCGGAUCGCCGGAAUGCGUCCCCUCCGCGCAUCAUGCAUUUUCCCUUUUUGAAGACGCUACCAAUGCCUCCUGGCCCAGCCUACUUCGACAGCAAUAAUCGGACUCUGGUUUGUGCCGACUGUUUCUCCCAUUUUAGUCAUCAGUGGCAUAUUUUUGAGAACGAUGGAUUGGCUUUGGAAUUACGCCACUACACACUUCCUUCUGCUGUUCAUCGUCCUUCCUUACUGGCGCCUCCGCCACGGUUAGAAACCCGUCCCAUUUCACCCUCGCGUACUGACUCAGCAUUGCACGUUUCUGCCUCGAAAAUUUCAACCCAGUCACAACCGGUAUCUCCCGGUUUGCGUCAAAAUUUUAUGUCGCGUAACCGACCCGUUCGGCCCACUACACCCAAUGCCGAACGGCGACCGCCCAGUUCUAACCGGAAUUCUCCUGCUAACCCUUCACCGGCUCCCCUGCCAACCGUUGGCAAUGACGCACAUCAAAAUCCGGCCGAAUCGUCCAUCUAUUGUUAUCUGUGUGGACUCAAUUCAACUCGAUCUUUUGCCCACUGGCUGCCUUCGGCCCCAUCGCCUACUGAUCCGGCUGCUCCUUAUUUCCCUUACGUUUUGAAUUAUUCGGCCAGCUCACGGGCAGAAGGAUUACGCGAAGACAGGGCCGCACUCGUUUGCACCUUUUGCUACCACAUGGUUCAUUCACAAUGGAAGCAGUACGAGGACGCCCCUGCCAGUAAGACGCUUCAGCCGUUGACCCGAGUGUACAACACCAACGAUUACGCCUGUUACGUUUGUGGCAUAGCUACCUAUCGAAAAAGAGUUCGCGCGCUGCCCGUCAAGGAUUUCCCGUUUUUAAAACAUCAUCGCCAGCCUCGGCAUAGUCUUUCGAUUGAAAAUGGGCAGUUUGUGGUCGUAUGUUUGGAUUGUUUCGAAUCGUUACGAACCCAAUCUCUGGAAUACGAGCGUUGGGGAUUACCAGUCGAAAAGCGCCAAUACAACUGGAUGGCAAUACCUCCUCCACCUGAGGAUAGCAAUAAUCUGUCGACACCACUAGAAAGGCUGCUGGCAAUGGAACAGCAAAAACGGAACAAGGAACAAGUAUCUGGUUUACCUUCUAAACCGCGACCGUCGGUACGCGGUCAAACUGCCGAGCCAUCUAGCGGUGAAAUACUAAACACUGCACCUACGCAAUGCAGCACUUCUUCCGCUACUGCGAUGCCCGAGAAACCGUAAGGACAAUUACCGGCGCCCCACUUCUAUAUUAAUUACAAAAUAUUCACCGCAUUUUUUCAAUCGAACCAUACUUGUUGUCGUUUGUUGUGCAAAGUGUCAGUUGUGCGUGUAAGAAGAAAAAUGGUUUUCCAAAUCGAACGAAAAUUUGAGAACAACAAAUAUACGUUGUUGGAUCUUAAAA